CCUUUCGCCCCACCAUCGCCUUCCCUCCCCGGCCCCUCGAUCGAAUCGAAAAAGUUAAAACCCGCCGGUCACCGGCUAUGACCCGUUCCCCGUUGCCGCCACCCCGAACCGUCGUCGACGUCGCCACCACCACCUCCUCCUCGCCUCUAUAAAAAGGGAUAGCACGACACCGAACCUUCUGCUCCUUCGUAACCACCACCGACCGACCGACCGACCGACUGACCCACCGCCAACUCGCCUUCGUAAAGCGCCUCCUCGGCCCUGUCGGAUUCCCGCAUUGCUCCGGCGCGAAUCGUUCGGGCGCCGCCUGUUUUUGUCGUUUUCGCGAUUUUUCUCUCUUUUGGUUUCCGUGGUUGGUGUGCGUGUUGUGUACUUAUACCGAGGACUCGGUUUUUGGUCGAAUCGGUUUGACAUGAGGAAGGAGAGGAGGAGGAGCAGCAAGAUGGAGGGGCGGGUGUCCCGGAUCGGGAGCUACGCGAUCGCCUCGUCGGUCGGCGAUCGCCAGCACCCUUGCAUUACCUGCACGACCUUCAACAUUCUCGCCCCUAUCUACAAGCGCUCGAACCGUCAGGAUCCGAGUUGUCGUGAAAGUGAUUGCAGAGCUAAUUGGCUCGCCAGGAAUCAUCGGAUAUUGGAUUGGUUGUUGAAUGAAAGGUCAUCGAUUAUCUGCCUUCAGGAGUUCUGGGUUGGCAAUGAAGAGCUCGUCAACAUGUACGAGAAGAGGCUGGGCGAUGCUGGUUACACCAGUUACAAGCUUGCCCGGACCAACAACCGUGGAGAUGGAUUGCUGAUUGCUGUUCGCAAAGACUAUUUUAGAGUUAUAAAAUAUAAGGAGCUACUUUUCUAUGAUUGUGGAGAUCGGGUUGCUCAGUUAUUACAUGUUGAACUAGUUGCGCCCUUCCCAGAGUGCCGCAGCAAUGAUGUUCGGCAAGAAAUCCUCAUUGUCAACACCCACUUAUUAUUUCCUCAUGACUCUAGUUUCUGUAUAGUACGACUUCAUCAGGUGUACAAGAUCUUGCAAUCUGUGGAAUCAUAUCAGAAAGAAAACAACCUGAAUUCCUUGCCGAUCAUACUCUGCGGCGACUGGAAUGGAAGUAAACGUGGCCAUGUUUAUAAGUUCCUUAGGUCUCAGGGGUUUGUUUCUUCCUAUGAUACUGCUCAUCAGUACACUGAUGCAGAUGCCCAGAAGUGGGUUAGCCACAGGAAUCAUCGAGGAAAUAUCUGUGGUGUAGAUUUUAUAUGGCUCCUCAAUCCUAAUAGCUACAGAAAAUUACUAAAGACUAGUUGGAUUGAGACAGUGUUUGGCAUCUUCAAGUGUUUACUGAGGGAAGCUUUGCUGACAGAAAAUGGUGCUUUUGAAAAUGGUGCUUUUGCGAUUCUCAAGGCUGAUAAUGCUGAUGAUUUUAUCACCUACUUGGGUUUCUGUAAAGCACUUAAACAGUUCAAGUUGACAGGCCACAGCCAUGGGCUUAGUGCUGAAGAGACAAAGGACUUAUGGGUCCAAGUAGAUAUCGAUGGCGAUGGUGUUGUCAAUUUUGAAGAAUUUAAGCAACAAAUCUGGAACCCUUCUUGGUCUGAGCAAAGGACUGAAGAGAAAAGCAAGUUUCAAGAUGGAAAAGGGUGUCAGAAGCAAACAAUUGGUUUCAGUGUGAAAAAUGCAGUUCUGUUUCCACCUGAAGUGGAGAAAGGAAGGUGGCCUGAAAACUAUUCUCUCUCCGAUCAUGCUCGACUUACUGUGGUGUUCUCACCUAUAAAAAUGCCUUGCUCACAGUUAAUAUCCUGACACUGGUCUGGUGCAUCUGGCCCCUUGGAUUUAGGGUCCAAUGCAAGGAAUAAGAUAUGAUCUCGAGGGCCAGUGAGAUUGGAAAGAUCUUGGUCUAGCUCACUACUUGGAGUUGGCAUAUCAUUACAUUCUCCUAAUGCCAAGGUAUAAUUAUGACAGGAUCACGGUAUUCUUUGCCAUCCAUGAGCAUCUCAGACCCAUGCCUUUAGUGGACUAAGGGACCCAGUGAGAAGCUCAUUUCAGUUUUAUCAUUUCCCUCACCCAUUUUUCAGAUAACUUCACCAUCUUUAUCAGUCCUCGUGUGUUGUCACAUUUCUGCUCCAUGACUUCCUAUACCCACUUAUUUUUCGAGAGUAGUUAUUAUACUGGAUCUUGAAGCCUUCGGGGUUUUGCUCCCAUGGGUCUCGAUGCAAUUUUGGGAAAGCCAAUAGAAGCGGCGAAAUAAGGAAGGAGAGAGAGAUACAUGAAUAAUUCAGAGAAGUAGAUACCUGUACAUUCCACAGGUGAAACGUAGUCUGUACAUGAGAGAUUUAGGGAUUUUUUUCUUUUUUAUUUUUUCUAUGUUGCGAGAGAGUUUUGUUUUGUUCUGGCUGACUACUGCAGAUUGUAAUUGUACAGAAACAAGCGAUGAUAUGCUCAAUAUACAGAGGGUUUCUGGGGGGAUUAUUGAAUACAUGGAUUUGGAUGUAUGGAGCUACGCCUCUUUUCAUAGUAAAUUCAAUCGUUUGUGUC